AUGACUACUACCCAAGAUCCAGCAAUCCCAAAGGGCUCGGCAGUCCUGGUCACUGGCGUGAACGGCUUCAUAGGCUCGCACGUCGCCGACCAAUUCCUUCAAUUAGGCUUUCGAGUCCGAGGCACGGUGCGGGAUGUCAAGAAGAAUGCUUGGGUCGCUGAAUUUUUCGACAAGACUUACGGGAGGAUCUCCGCUGUCAUCCAUGUAGCGUCGGAUGUGUCGCUCGACCCUGAUCCAAACAAGGUCAUCCCCUCCGCCGUUGAUGGCACGCUGAACGCACUGAAGACGGCAAACGACGAACCUACCGUGAAGCGGUUCGUCAUCACCUCUUCAUCGCUUGCCGCGUCGCUGCCGAACCUCAGCACCGAAGUGAUCGUGACGAAGGAUUCCUGGAACGAGCAAGCCAUCCGCGCGGCCCGAGCGGAUCCCCCCUAUCUUCCGGAGCGAUCUGAGGCGGUCUAUGCAGCGAGCAAGGCUUUGGCGGAAAAGGCAGCAUGGAACUUCUACCACGAUGAUCCCUCCAACCGGUCGGACUUGAUUGUUAACACGGUGUUGCCUUGCGCGAGUUUCGGAAAGAUUCUUGACGUAGACAAGCAGGGGUAUCCGUCCACGGCGGGAGUCGUUGAACGCUUGUGGACUGGGAAGAAUGUUGAACAUAUUGCCAGCAUUCCACCGCAUUAUGCCAUCGACGUGCAAGAUUGCGCACGCCUCCACGUUGCAGCAGCCAUCCACCCGGGUGUCGUUGGUGAGAGGAUAUUUGCUUACGGACAGCGAUUCAACUAUGACGUCAUCCUAGACAUCUUUCGGAAACGGAACCCCGGUAGAGACUUCAUCAGUAACUUUCAAAGUGAAUGGGACCUGGCUGUGAUCGAACCUCAAGCUCGGGCGGAGCAGCUGCUGCGCGAUCUGGGCAGACAGGGAUUCACGCCGUUGGAGGAAAGUGUUCGUUUGAACAUCGAAGCGCUUUCCUAG